AUGCAGAUGAGUAGUAUUUCAGUCGAUAAUGCUACUCGCUCACUGGACGGGUUAGCUGUUGUGGAGGAGUCUUCUUCUGAAAUAGUGGGAAGAGGUGUAAUGACUUACGAUGAAGAUACAAUAAUCGCUUGUGCACAAAAAUCGAAACCUUGUUUCAAGUCACUGACGAAUUCAACAGUCGGCAUCAUUGGAUAUUGUAUGUUUACAUGCGUUGUAAUCGUUGUCGGUGUUCUGAUAGUUUAUUAUACAACACCAGAACCGGCAGCAAAAACAUGCGGAAUGACUUUUGCAGCAGAUCAUAAUCCUAUCGAAUAUGAUAAUGGACCACGUUCAAUCGUUGCUGCCGAUCUCAAUUCGGAUACUUGGAUAGAUUUAGUCAUUGCUCAGUCGAGGGAUGACACUAUAUCUAUAUACUUCGGACAUAGUGAUGGUGUUUUUGUAAAGCAAAUCGAAUAUUCAACUGGUGCUGGUUCCGCUCCACACAUGGUCGCUGUCGAUGAUUUGAAUAAUGACGAUCGAUUGGAUAUUGCAGUCGCAAAUUAUGGUACCAAUAGUGUUCGUAUAUUUCUAGGUUGGAACAAUGGAUCUUUCAUCGGACACUUAGACCUAUUAACUGUUGCAUCCCAUCCGAUUGCACUUGAUUUAGUUGAUCUCAAUAAUGACACUUUUGUCGAUAUUAUUACCGUCAAUUAUGAAACUAAUAGCAUUAGUAUUUUCUUCGGCAAAGGAAAUGGAAUGUUUUCGAGUCCCGUGUCAUAUCAUAUGGGUUACGAUUCACUUCCAAAUUCAGUGACUACUGGAGACAUGAAUAAUGAUCAACAUCUAGAUAUUGUUAUUGCGAAUUUUGGUACAAACACUAUUGUUAUUCUCUUCGGAAAUGCAAAUCAUACUUUUGUCGAUCAAAUGACUAUUCCAACUGGCUAUGGGUCCCUUCCAUAUUCACUUGCUGUUGGUUAUUUUGAUAAUGAUACUUAUCUCGACAUUGCUGUUGCUAAUUAUGGAGCGAAGAAUAUUGGAGUAUUUUUGAACAAUAGAUAUGGAUCUUUUCGCAACCAAAUUACUUAUUCUACGCAAUCUUCCUCACCGUACUCCAUUGGUGUCGGUGACUUCAAUCAGGAUACACGAUCAGACAUCAUCGUUACUAAUAAAGGUCUCAAUAAUAUCGGUGUGUUUCUAGGUGAUGGGAAUGGUUAUUUUGCAGAUGCAAGAAUGCAAUCAACUGGUUCAUCUUCAUCAAUUUCAUUUGCCGUAUGUGAUUAUAAUAAAGACAAUCGCUUGGAUCUCAUUGUUGUUAACAAUGACACUGAUAGCAUCGAUACUCUUCGUGGUUAUUUUGAAGGUUUCGAUAGUAGAACAUCAUUUGCAGUCGAUGGGCCUUCACGUUCUUUGGCUGUUGGUGACUUGAACAAUGAUGGUCAAUUGGAUCUUGUCGUCUUAAAUUAUAACAGGAAUAGUAUAAGCAUACUUCUUGGCUAUAACUAUGGUUCGUUUAUAACUAACGGAACAUAUGCAACUGGUAAUUCUCCCGUAUAUGUAACGAUCAGCGAUCUGAACAAAGACCAUUACUUGGACAUUAUUGUUGUCGAUUCUGAAAGCUAUUACUAUGACGACGAUUAUAAUACAUUCAAUUAUGAUAUAAGCAUUUAUUUCGGCAAUGGCAACGGAAGUUUUCAGAAACAACAAAGAUAUUCAGCUGGCUACCAUUCAAUAUAUGUUGCUAUUGGCGAUUUUAAUAACGACACUUGGUUGGAUCUUGCAGUCGCCAAUUCUCUUGACAAUGAUGUUACUAUUCUACUUGGUAAUUCCAGUGGUUAUUUUACUGAAAAUGGUGCUUAUCCCGCAGGUUCGCGACCAUAUUGUGUCGCUACCGGCGACUUUAAUAAUGAUGAUCAACUAGAUCUUGUUGUCGUGAAUUUUUAUAGUAAUAACGUAGGCGUCUUGCUUGGAAAUGGUGAUGGAACAUUUGCGAAGCAGAUUACAUUUCCAACAGGCGCCUAUCCAUAUUCGGCGACAGUAAUUGAUAUCAAUAACGAUACACAACUCGAUAUCGUUGUUGCUAGUUACGAAGGCUUUAAAAUAUGCAUAUUGUUGGGAUAUGGCAAUGGCUCGUUCGCUAGUCAACUGACGUUUGGAGUGACGAACAAGCCAACAUUUGCCAUUGUUGCUGACAUGAACAACGAUACCUACUUGGAUAUUGUUGCUACAGGUCCCACUGUAGGAGGAGUAAACAUUCUUUUUGGAUACGGUAACAAUUCUUUCUCCAACCCAGUGAACUAUGUAACUAGCGCAUCCUCUUACUGCGUAGUAAUAGGCGAUUUUAACAAAGAUUCGCGAUUGGAUAUAGUCGUUCCCGAUGACAGUUCGAAUAAUGUUUCGGUAAAACUUCAAUACAAUAGAGGUGCUCUUCGAAGCGAUAGAAGUUAUGCGUCUGGUGACGGUUCAAAUCUGCGAUUUGUCACUACAGCAGAUUUAAAUAAUGACACACGACUCGAUCUCAUUGUAGCUAAUUCUGGUACUGAUAAUAUAGGUAUUCUCUACGGCCUUGACAGUGGUGCCUUCGAACAGCAGGUUAUGUUUGAUACCGGUUCGAAUUCUCAACCAUCAUCCAUCGCUAUCGAUUAUUUCGAUGACGAUGACCGAUUGGAUAUGGCUGUUACUAAUUACGGCACCAAGCUUAUUGGCGUGCUACUUGGAUCUGAAAAUAGUUCGUUCGUCAGUCAGAUAAUCUACGGCAAUUCUUUAAAUUUUGCUCCCUUUGCAAUUGCCGCCGGUGAUUUCAACAAUGAUAAACGAGCAGACAUUGCUGUUGCAUAUGACGGAAGUGAUCUCAUCGAUGUUUUUAGUUUAUAUAAUACAGGAGGUUUUCAAACUGGAGAUAUAUAUUCGCUUGGCGCCGCUUCACGAAGACUGGUAGUUGGUGACUUCAAUAAUGAUAAUCAAUGGGAUGUUGUGGUCACGAAUUUUGACAUGAACAUGAUAUUUGUUUAUCUUGGAUAUGGCAAUGGUUCCUUCGGAAAUCUAACGACGUAUGCGACUGGUUCCGGACCAUGGUGUGUAGCUACUGGUAAUCUUAACAAUGAUACUUAUCUAGACAUCGUUGUUACAAAUGCAAAUAUUGAUAGUAAUGGCAAUUCUAUUAGUAUUUAUUUCGGACAGGGCGAUGGCACUUUCACCAAUCAAACAAAAUAUUCGACUAGCUACAGUCCACAGUCUGUGUUUAUUGCCGAUAUGGAUAAAAACAACCAAUCAGACAUCAUUGUUGCAAACCGUCGUAAUAAUUAUAUAAAUAUUUUCCUCGGAUCGGGUACCGGAACCUUCGGGAGUUACAGAUUGAGUUUCAAUAAAUAUAAUCUAACAUCUGAGGCUGUCGGCGAUUUUAAUAAUGAUAGUAACAUGGAUAUAGUCGUCGGUAGAGAUACCUCGAAUAAUCUGGAUGUUUAUUUCGGCUACAGUAACGGAGUUUUCGCAAACCAGACAACCUAUUCCACCGACGGUACAGCAUCAUUUAUCGUUGUUAACGAUGUCAACCAUGACAAUCAAUUGGAUAUUGUUGCUACUACGACAAAUAAUACCGUGAACGUUUUUCUCUGCUCUAAUAACGGAAAGUUUGCCAAUGCUACUAUAUUUGCCAUUGGUAGUCUGCCACAAUCGCUAGCGAUUACUGAUUUCAAUAGAGAUCAACAUAUGGACAUUAUUACUACCAAUACGGGUAGCAACGAUAUAAGUGUUUUAUUAGGAGAUGGCACUGGUUGGUUUCGACCUCAACAGAGAUAUAAGACAGGAUCGACACCCUUUUCUGUCGCAGCGGCAGAUUUCAAUAACGAUGAUUUACCUGAUGUAAUUGUAUCGAAUCCAGGUGAAAACAAUAUUAUGGUACUCUUAGGUACCACCAAUAAAAAUUUUGAUCGAAAAACAACACUCACAACUGGCCAAGGUUCUCGACCACGAUCUUUAGUUGUUGCUGACUUAAACAACGAUGGUCAGAUGGACAUCGGUAGUGCCAAUUCGGGCACUAAUUGUAUUAGUAUUUUUUUCGGGUCUGGUAGUAUGACUUUCACGAAUCAAUCAAUAUACCCGACUGGUGCAGAUUCAUCGCCAUAUUCGAUAGCAGCCGGUGAUUUCGAUAGAAAUAAUCAAUCAGAUAUGGUAGUCGCCAAUUAUAAAUCUGAUACCAUUGGCAUUUUCCUUGGCUAUAACAAUGGUUCAUUUACAAAUCAAACAACUUACUCAACAGGUUCAUCUUCAUCGCCUUACUUCGUAACUGUUGGCUUGUUUAAUAAUGAUUCGAUACUAGAUAUAGUUGUUGCUAAUUAUGGAAACAAUAAACUAGGAGUAUUUAUUGGACAUGGUGAUGGAAAAUUUGAAGAUAUGAUACCUCUUCCGCUGGAGUAUGGAUCUCAUCCGUUUUCUGUAGUGGCUGGUGAUUUUAACAAUGAUAAAAAAGUGGAUUUUGCCGUUGGAAAUAACGGCACAGACAGUCUGACAAUACUUUUACGAACUUGUUAA